GGUCGUGCCAACAUGGAGACUCGCCCAGUCGGCCGACUACGCUCCCUCGGCCCACACCAAGUCACUCUGGCCACACCCCACCCACUGCACCCCGGCUACCCCGCCCACACCGCCCACGGAGCCACCCAUAGCGCCCCCCACUACCCGGCCUACCUGCAACACCCUGGCCACAGCGGCUACGAGCCUCACGCCACCCACAACGGUGACCUCACACCACGCCGCGAUGAUGACAGGUCACCCAAGUCCUCUGUCUCUCACCUGUCGCUCCUCUCAGCCUCCUUCCCCUGCAGUUUGACGUCUUCCAUCAACGACCUGACUAGUGAGGCGGUCGUGUUGGAAACAGCCAUCAAGAAUAAUGACACGUACCAGGUCAAGAGGCUCAGAACUGCACCACGACAAGUUCCAGAUUGACCUGCACGGGAGCAUCUUAGACAAGUCCUCGUGUGACACAGGCAGCCGGUGUGUCUCCCAGGACGUGGAGAUCCUCCUGAGGAAGUCCCAGACACUGCUAGACAGGUGAGACCACCAUAGUGAGGGCAGCAGUGACAACACGGACACCUUGGUGCCGGGAGUCUUCACCAACGCCCUCCAUCUGGCCGUCGACUACGGGGCAGCGGACGUGAGGCUCUCCUCC